GUAAGUAGCGGAACACUUGUAGGAUCUUAAGCUUCCGAGUUGUAUUAUAAAGGCUUGAAUUCUGUUGACAGAUUCGCAAUGUCGGAAGAAAAACAUAUUAUAGACGAACCCCCACCUUCCUAUGAUUCGUUGUAUGGCAAAAUCAAGAAAGCGAAAGUAGAAUCUGAAAGCAAUGUUGGAUUUUUCAGAACACUAGCUGGACUCUUAUUUGCAUCAGUCGGCUGUACCAUUUGCCUGAUAAUUAUCUUGGCAGUUCCAGUAGCAAGUAUCGUCAUUGGUGCUUUGUAUCUGAACAAAUGUCCAAUCCAGCACUACAUUCCUAUUUACUUGAUCGUAUCUGGGGCGGUGGGGGUUGUGUACAAUGUGUUUGGGAUCCUGAGGAAGCUGGCCACAAAGAGGAAUGAAGAGGGGGAGACGGAGGAGCGCCCGGGGGUGUUCACCAGCGUCUGUAACUGUAUCUUUGGAUGUUUUCUAUUGGCUUGGUUUAUUGCAGGUAACGUUUGGAUCUACAGUAUUUACGACGAUUGGACGUCAGACCCCGCGAGCCCGGACAAAUACUGCCAUCCUACGUGUUACCUGUUCGCUUUCUGGACCACCACUCUAGUAUACAUUUUGAUGGGGGCCACCAUCGUCUUAGGUUGCUGCUCCGCCUGCAUUGCUGCAUGUUGCAGUUGUUUUAAAAGCUAAUCCAUCAGCUUAAAUAUUGUAUUUGUAAUGACGGAUAAAGAUUAUAGUUUUGUUUACCAUGAUGUAAUCUUGUUCACAGGGUAUGGGGACAGUAGAGCUUUUGAAUGUUACAAAAAUAUGAUAUGAAUAACAAAAAAAAAAAAUCAUACAUGCUAUUUAGUUUUGUAAAUAUUUUUAAUAAAAUAUGUUAAAGUUUGAGAA